AACUGGUGGGCAGUUGAUUUAGGUUUUCAUUUUUCAUCCAACGAGAUUCAUCCCGCUCUCCCUCGUAUAAUGGCAAUCCAAUUGAAUUGAUGCUUCAUUCAGCAGUAGUCAGAUUUCUUUGUACUUACAUUUCUGUGCCAAUUCUAAGAAGAAGAUGGACAUAGCUUUGUUUUCCCCGUCGUCACUUUUCCCCGACGACGACGACGAGUCUUCUAAUGGCACUCUCUUCACUCCUCUCUCUACUGCUUGUGCUUCGUGCUUUGGUUUUAUUUCUUUAUAAUGUUUCGUUUCGAUCUUCUUCCUCAGAUGCGGGGACUUUAGACACGCUGCAAAGCUACGAGGAAAGGAAGCAUCAAUUUCCUGGAAUGGAGUUGGUUAUUCGAGAGUUUUCAUUUCAUCAGCUGAAUGCGAAUUUGCUAUGGCCGGGGACUUUUGCAUUUGCAGAAUGGUUGGUUCAAAACUCGUCUUGGAUCCAAGGACAUAGAUGUAUUGAAUUGGGAAGUGGGACCGGUUCAUUGGCAAUAUUCUUACGAAAAUCAUUUGAUCUUGAUAUCACAACGUCAGACUAUGAUGAUCAGGAAAUUGAAGAGAACAUCGCUUAUAAUUGCAGGGUGAAUGGAAUCACCCCAGCCCUUCCUCACGUUAAGCAUACAUGGGGAGACAGCUUUCCAAUUAGUGAUCCUGAUUGGGACCUUGUCAUAGCCAGCGAUAUUUUACUCUAUGUGAAACAGUAUCCAAACUUGAUAAAAACACUAUCGUAUCUUCUCAAGCGAAAUUACAGCAAAACAACUUCUCUGUCUGCCAUUGGAAAUGACGAGGCUGCAGGUGCACCCAUGGCCAAACCAAUGUUUCUAAUGAGCUGGAGGCGCAGAAUUGGGAAGGAGGAUGAAUUGCUCUUUUUCAAUGGUUGUGAAAAUGCAGGCCUUGAAGUAAAACAUUUGGGAUCCCGCGUCUAUUGCAUCAAAUCAAUGGACUGAAGUUUGUAUCCAACGUGUCAGUAAGUUACAGGUUCGUUCGGAAGGAAUCACUUUUUUAAAUGCUUAGCAAAGUGCUUAGAAAAUGUCUAUUUAACGUAGAAAGUCUUUUCAAAUAGGUGUAUCAGAUAGUUCAGCAUAGAAAUGAUAUAGGCAAUACUUUAUUUUCUUAGAACGUCAUUCGAUUUUCGACAAAAUGUAGGAUAAUAUUAGUUAGUUGUCAGGAAACUAUAUAGUUUUGUUAGUUAAGUUGGUUUUGUUUGUUUAUCUUCUUUCUUUCCAGGCUGCAAAACGUAUGAUAUAGUUAUUUAUUAUUAUCGUUGAGGGGUUUUCAACCUUUUCUCUUUUAAAUGCUUGUAUGAAAUGCGACUGUCUAGUAUGAAAGGUAUGGAAUAAACCAUUUAUUGGUCACUCA